GUUUUCGUGUGUAUAGGAGUAGCAGACAGGAGCUGUAGCAGAAGCAGUACUGAUUCUUGCGGUAGCUUAUGUCGAAAUCAUGUUAAUAUUCCGAAUUCGAGUGUGGUUUUCCGAAAGCGAAAAGGUCCGCCUAUGAUAUUUUCGCUUUAGAUGAACAUUCAUCAGUCGAGUAUCGUACUACACAAUCAAAUUACACAAACUUUCUUCGAAUUAAAACGCUAUGCCGAGCAUGUCUUUUUCGAACUUGUUUCGAACCGCCGCCUUGCUGGCGCUCGGGGUAACGGAAACUCGACACCAAGUCUCAGCGGGGAACGUCGUCAUUCCAAAAGCUGUCGCUUCACGACCCGCAGGAGCAACAAGAGAUGAUGAAGUAAACCCUCCAAAGGAUAACUUCACUUCAUUCCCACAGGAGUUCAAGUUCUUCAGCCAGCUCCCUGCCUACGUCACUAACCAUCCCUCCGUCGUUGCUGAGCUGCUGAACAAAAAGCCAGCCCUCAUUAGCCGCUGGACCACCAUCAAAAACAUCAGCAACGUCGUCCCACCUUCCCUGCACGAAGACCCUGCAAUUGUCAAAACCGCGAUAAAAGCCGGCGUCUUCCGCGAAAAGGAUUGGGAAAACCUGGUCCAGACCAACAGCGUUUUACUGAAAGACGUGGCUAUCACCGACCUAGCGAUCGAGAAGAAGUGGA